UAGGAAACCCGGAAAACUUCAAAGGGGUAACUUAUUGUUAUGGUUUUAGUGUGAUCACGUGGUUAUGACCGUGCACACGCUUUCAAGAUGGCGGCUGUCUUUCGAGAAGCGUGACUUUAUCAAGGACAAAUUUUAAAGUAUUUUAUGCUUCAAACGUAGUUUAAUCAAGAAUUUCUAAGAGAUAUGUAGUUUGACUAUUUAUAAAUCAUCAUGCCGGGAGAUAACUGUUCGGUUUUUGGUUGUGGAACCUCAAGAAGGACGAAAGGUGUUGGUAUCUGGAAACUGCCUGCACCGAAAGACGAGGGCCAUCGUAAAUGGAGAGAUGCUUGGCUCAGCGAGAUUACCAAGACAAGAACAGUUGAUGCAGUAUUCCGAAAAAAGAUCCAAAACGAUACUAUAUACACCUGCGAAAAGCACUUUCACCCUCAAGAUGUUGAAAUAUUUCAAUCCGAAAAGAUGAUCAAGAAAAAACCACGAUUUGGAGCGCUGCCAUUAUUAAACAUGCCGAAGCGAAGCCACGAAACGAAUAAACCUGUACCUCGACCUGCUCGAAGCGUGGUAACUACAGAAAGCGCGAAACCUGUGAAAUCAGCUUUUUAUAAAACCUUUGGCGAUUUGUGCAAGAGAGUACCAAGUUUAAAGAGCCUCAACGAGUGGAAUAUUCAGACAUCCAAGGAUAGACUGGUCAUUACAAAGAUGAAAGACAACCUUCUUCUCCCAGAAAAGGAACUUAUUGUUGACGACAGCCUGGGGUUCACAAUCAAGGUAUUUGGGUGCUUUCUUCCAGAAACUCACGAUAUUUACAUCAAGCAUCUAAGAUCGCUGAAUGUCCCAGUCAAUUUUAAUUGUUUUGGUCUAAAUGAUUUUUCUGUCCCAUUUACGACUAUCACUUCACUUGUUUAUAAAGACAAAGACAACAAGGGGAAAGGAUAA